CGAGAAGUGAAGAAAAUGGGAAAGAUAAUUCACAAAGCUACUCGCAGUCGGCAGCAGAAGGGAAGAAAAGAAGGAAUCCGCCGGAGAAAAGCCGUUUAACCAAAGUCUCUCUCUCUAGGCCGUUUUUCACUCUCUCAAGUGUGUGGAUAUGCAGUCACUGCUUCUCCCGGCGGUAUCUUCCGCCGUCACGGUUGGAAUGAACCCGUCUCUCCUUCAUUUCCGAUCUCGGCGGCUGCUGUUUUCUACUCAUUCCGUGUUAUUUUCGCGAAAGCCCACGCCGCAGCAGUCCUCCCUCUCAUUUCACUCUUCUUCCCAGAUAGCCUAUGAUCCUCUUGGAAGCAGGGGCCGCAGGUUAUCUUUCUCCUCGAAGAUUGCUGCUUCCUCUCCGGUUUCUGCUGCUUACACUUCCCCAAAUGACGAAUCGGAGCGAGCCAAACUUGCUCAGGUUGCUAAGAGAUUGGCGAAUACAUCCAGGCGUUUCAAGCGGUUUGGAAGUAUAGGUUUUUGGGGGCAGCUGAUUUGCACGGUGGUGGCCGCUGUGAUCCUUUCCUUUUCGGUUGUUGCCACUGGGAGAAUCUCGUCCCCUGCAAGUUUCUAUACAACCGCUGGUGGUAUAGCUGCAGCUUUUAUCUCAGUGUUCUGGUCUUUUGGGUAUAUCCGGCUCUCUGAAAAGCUUCGGAGGACUGCGAACGAGCCUUCUAAGGCACCACCUCGGGCUGAGGUCGUAAAAGGCUUGAGAAAUGGCAUCAUCUUGAAUCUGUUGGGCAUGGGUGCUGCUGUUCUUGGUAUGCAAGCCACAGUAGGGACAUUGGUAGCCAAGGCAUUGACUUCUUCUGCAAACCCUUAUUACCAGGGGAUCUCUCCAGGAUACAGUCCUGUUCUUGCAUUGGACGUUUUCUUGGUGCAGGCAUCAGCAAACACAAUCCUCUCUCACUUCCUCGGGCUUCUCUUCUCCCUAGAGCUGUUACGAUCAGUUACACUACCACCUUCAGAAGCCACUCCCGUACCUAGGCUUGCAUAAAGCAUGUGAUGUGAACCAUUACCGGGUAGGCAAUGAGUUUUGGUCAGCUCGAAUUAUUAAAGGUUGUAAUGGUAGGAACUCCAGUUGUCUUGAACGGAAGAAGUUCCAGAUUAGUGUGUACUUUGCAAGCAUAAGAACCCUUCUGGUGAAGUUUGAACUUCCCAGAACUUGAGCCAAUGUGCAUAAACUGCAGCUCUCCAUUCUGCUUCAAGAUGUGAAAACAGAGAACCUCUAAUGGAAACGAGAACAAAACUCAUUCUGCUUCAGGAGUGGAAACUUUGCAAUAUGAAGAUGCACAUAAGACAAUACACAAUCCAACAAAGCUGUAGAUUUUACAUUCUAGUCAUUGUAAUGUGGUACAUAAAUAUAUAUAGAUGAUAGAGUACUCGCACCUUUCGGAAAACAAUACAGACAGUAAAAUCUAUUAAAACAUGAGAAAACUGAUCAUAACCAUGAACAAAGAAGCAAGCUUUAAGCAUCAGACCAGGAGAUAUACAGAUCACCC